ACACAUCUCACUCGUAGAUAGUGUGCAUCGACCUCUCCUCUCUCCCGCCACAUUUCACCGUACAAGUUUGUACGUGCGCACCUACAAGCUCGCGCCAACCUCACUCCACACCAUGGUGGUGCCUUCGACGACGCCGGUGCGCCAAGAGACGGCGGCUCUGUCGACACCGGCCCACGGCGGAGCCGGCGGCAUACCAACGGUGGACAUGUCCGCGCCGGACGGCCGCGCCGCGCUGUCGCGGCAGGUGGCGCGGGCUUGCGCGGAGCAGGGCUUCUUCCGGGCGGUUAACCAUUGCGUGCUGCCGGGUCCCGCCGCGCGGCUGGACGCCGCCACCGCGGCCUUCUUCGCGCUGGCGCCGCACGACAAGCAGCGCGCCGGCCCGCCGAGCCCGCUCGGCUACGGCUGCCGCAGCAUCGGCUUCAACGGCGACGCCGGCGAGCUCGAGUACCUGCUCCUCCACGCCAACCCCGCCGCCGUGGCGCACAGGGCCAGGUCCAUCGACACCAUUGACCCCUCGCGCUUCAGUACUGUGGUGAACGAGUAUGUGGAAGCAGUGAAGCAGCUUGCAUGUGAGAUCCUGGACCUGUUAGGAGAGGGGCUAGGGCUCAAGGACCCCGGAUCCUUCAGCAACCUCAUCACAGACACCGACAGCGACUCCCUCCUGAGGAUCAACCACUACCCUCCAGCAUGCACCAUUCACAAGCUUGACCAUGACGACCAAUGCAAGAUGAAGAGCAAUGUCAGAACCAAGACUGGCAAUGGCGCGAACCCAGGUGCACAGAUCGGGUUCGGUGAGCACUCUGACCCGCAGAUCCUUAGCUUGCUCCGAGCAAACGACGUCAAUGGGCUGCAGGUGCUUCUGCCGAAGGGCGACGGCAAGGAGGUGUGGGUUCAGGUGAGGGCUGACCCAUCAGCUUUCUUCGUCAAUGUUGGUGAUCUCCUCCAGGCUCUGACAAAUGGGAGGUUGGUAAGCGUCCGGCACAGGGUAAUUGCAAGUGCCUGCAGGCCAAGGCUGUCCACAAUCUACUUUGCAGCUCCUCCACUGCACGCUCGAAUUUCGCCGCUCCAAGAGACAAUCACUGCUGGUUCACCACGCCAGUACCGACCCUUCACCUGGGCCGAGUACAAGAAAACAAUGUACUCGCUCCGCCUCAGCCACAGCCGCCUCGACCUCUUCCAUGUUGAUGAUGAUGAGAACAGCAAUGUCAACAAAGGAGAACAAGAAUAAGGAGCACUUGUUGAACUGCAGGCAGUGUGUAUGGUGGGGACUAGGUAUGUAGAAUUGUCCCCAAAAUUUUGGCUCUCUGGCUUCCAUUGUCAGAUAUCUCAGUAUUAUGAUGUAGUGUGCGAGUCUGCGAAUGUGUAAUGGUAGUUAGCAUUGUACAG